GAGCGCGCGAGAGAGGGAAUAGGAGAGCGCGAGCGCCGCAGCAGCAGCAGCUGAGUGAGCAGACAGGAGGGCGACAAUCGUUUCGGUUAUCUUUCCCCGAGACUUAUCACGCGUCGGCCUGUCACUUUUACCGCUCCGCGCCGAGUUGGAGAGAGGGAACCGCCACCGCCGCCGCCGCCGCCGCAGCAGCAGCAGCAGCAGCAGCAGAGCCCAGGUCUGGUCCGCUCUGCCCGGGCAGAAAGAAGCAGAAGAAAAAAGGAGAGAGGAAAAGAAAAAAAACUCCCCGAAACGCGGUCGUCUCAGCGGGCAUGAGCUAACCUACCAGACGGUCAUGGAAACCAAACCGUUCCUGUCAUUGGGGUUCCUGAAGCCCCAGUGCUCGUUGGCUCACCCCAUGCAGCGAGGCCGCGCGGGCGAGGCGUGUUCCUGCUUCAGCGGCAUGUGCGCCCUCCACCAGCGCCGCCUGUCCACAGGUAACACUCAUCGCGUGGAGGCCCCCACGCUGCUGCCCGGGUGCUGGUCGGCCCUCGGGGAAAAAUACUCGUCGGGCCAGCUGACCUCCUCGCCCCUGGGCUCACCCACGUCCCACCGGGGGAUGCACCCGUCUCUGCUCAGCCCGACGUCCAUGGGGCCCUCGGGGUCCCUGCACUCUCCCAUCAGCUCGCUGAGCUCGCCCAUGAACGGCCUCGGCUCGCCCUUCUCCGUCAUCAGCUCGCCGAUGGGUCCGCACUCCAUGAACUCGCCCGGCAUGGGAUACGGCCCCAGCGUCAGCCCCCAGCUGAACUCCCCGAUGCACUCGAUCAGCAGCUCGGAGGACAUCAAGCCCCCGCUGGGCCUCAACGGCGUGAUGAAGGUGCCCGCCCAGCCCUCGGGGACCAUCCUGUCGCUCACCAAGCACAUCUGUGCCAUCUGCGGCGACCGCUCCUCAGGUAAACACUACGGGGUGUACAGCUGCGAGGGCUGCAAAGGUUUCUUCAAGCGGACGGUGCGCAAAGACCUCACCUACACGUGCCGCGACAGCAAGCACUGCGUCAUCGACAAGCGCCAGAGGAACCGCUGCCAGUACUGCCGCUACCAGAAGUGCUUAGCCAUGGGCAUGAAGAGAGAAGUUUUGUUACAUGCAGCCGUUCAGGAGGAGCGCCAGCGAGCCAAGGAGAGGAACGAGAACGAGGUGGAGUCCACCAGCUGUGCCAACGAGGACAUGCCCGUGGAGAAGAUUCUCGAGGCCGAGCGGGCGGUGGAACCCAAAACCGAGACCUACAUCGAGACCAACAUUGGCGCGCCAUCCAAUUCGCCCAACGACCCGGUGACAAACAUCUGCCAGGCGGCUGACAAACAGCUCUUCACCCUGGUGGAGUGGGCCAAGAGGAUCCCCCACUUCUCUGAGCUGCCACUGGACGACCAGGUCAUCCUCCUACGAGCAGGUUGGAACGAACUCCUCAUCGCGUCGUUCUCGCACCGCUCGAUAUCGAUCAAAGACGGCAUCCUGCUGGCGACCGGGCUGCACGUCCACCGCAACAGCGCCCACAGCGCCGGGGUGGGCGCCAUCUUUGACAGAGUGCUCACAGAACUGGUGUCGAAGAUGAGGGACAUGCAGAUGGACAAGACGGAGCUGGGGUGCCUUCGAGCCAUCGUCCUGUUCAACCCAGACUCCAAAGGUCUGUCCAACCCGGGCGAGGUGGAGGCGCUGAGGGAGAAGGUCUACGCAUCUCUGGAGGCCUUCUGCAAACACAAGUACCCCGACCAGCCCGGCAGGUUCGCCAAACUGUUGCUGCGGUUACCGGCGCUGCGCUCCAUCGGCCUCAAGUGUCUGGAGCACUUGUUCUUCUUCAAGCUCAUCGGAGACACGCCCAUCGACACCUUCCUCAUGGAGAUGCUAGAAGCCCCGCAUCAAAUGACAUAAGAGGGGAUUGAGGGUCGAGGCCCCCCCCCCCAUGCCUCCACGGGUCUCCAGCGAGGGACGGAUCACAUGACGGAUGGAGAACCUCUCCCAUCCCCUCUCCCUUUUUCAAAACAAUGAAUUCAUCGUGUCUAUGGGUCUGUUUUAUACCUUGUAAAAAUAUAUAUAUAUAAAUAAGAAAUAUAUAUAUAUAUAUAUAGACAUAUGAAAAUCACACGGCGGCAACGGUGGACAUGGACGGAGAAGACAAAAGCAGCGCAUUGAGCCAUCGUUUUUCACCUUCGCUUUUCCGACCCGGCGACAGAGAAAAAGCCGAGACCAUCGGGUUCUCGCGCCCGCUGUGUUUUGCAGGUAUUUUGAAAAAGAAGAAGAAAACAAAACAAUUAAAAACAGCAUUGAUGUCACAUUCGGACACAAGUGUUGUGAUCGGGACAAUCGUGGACUGGGAGUGGACUGGACUCUCUCUUUUUCAGGACUGAACUACUCACUUCAGGGAGGGACGGUGUGUGUGUGGGGGGGUAGAGGAGGGGAGGGGGGAUGGGAAACGUCCUCCCGCCCCGACUCUACGGAAUAUCAGUUGAUGGGUCUCCUUCUCUGACCCCCCCCGCCCUUCAUUCACAUUUCACAUGACUUUCAGCGCCCCUCUUUUUCCCUCCACACGCCGACAUCUACCUGCACACGGAGUUACCGCCGGACUCAGUAUUGACCUUCACUUUGACUUCAGCGGCGAUGCACGAUUCCCUCCGGCCUCCGGGAGAAGAGCUCGCCGGCAGCAGCAGAGACAUAUUGUUUUGUUCUUGUUUGUUUUGUCUUGUUUUGUAACUUGGCACUUAACCUCACGACGGGCGGACUGGGGUUCCUGAACGGCGAGCGGGGGUCGGCGUGACGAACCCUUGGCCCCUCCCUCUGCACUUCUCUCGACAGCUCGGUGUCAUUUCAAGUGGAACUGAAAUGUCGGACGUCUCCGCGUUGUGUGUCGUUAUGCUUUAUGGCCGUAUUCUGUCUGCCCCGCCCCUUCCUCCUCUGCUUCUCUCUAAAUGCUGCAGCUGCUGCGAAACGAUGCAUCCAGUGCAUUUCCAAAGAUUGUCCACAGAGCGCGUUAGCGUGUUGGCGUGUUCUCAAACGGGUCGCGUGUGUGUGAGGUGUACGAUGUUUUUAGUCCGGACCGGAGUAAACAACUUGUGUACGUUUUAUCCCCCCUUACUGUUCACACCUCUGCUCGUCAUUGUGUACGGGUUUGUUCACUAUCGACAGGAAACAAUGGACGGCUGAGCAGAGCUCGAGGACGGGGUGAGUAGCGUCUGUCGCCGAGUACGACGACGCGAGAAGAACAAAACGACACUCGGGAUGUUCUUCCUCUUUCGGCUCAUUCGCCUCGACAAUAACGACCUGAGGAAAAACAAUACCCCCGCGCUCUUCAUCGUCCUGUGAUGAACUGAAGCGGUUCACGGUCUCGCGUCUAUGGAGUGUGCCACUUUAAAGUCUUUAAUUAUGAUUAUUUAUACAUAUUUCAAUACAUUUAAUUAAAUGUGAAUUAGGUCUGCAUCAUGCAUUUUUUUUUAAUCCAAUAUUUAUUUAUUUUAAUGUUAAAAUCAUGGAGGAAUGAUUUUUAAAUAGCAUCAUCAUAACUGAUUUUUUAAAUUUAUUUUAUAUUUUUAUAUUCUUCAUCAUCACAUUAAAAGUUUCCAUGAUUGCUGCCACAGAGCAGCAACGGGCGUUUCUAUUGGCCGGCUGUCGGCUUCUGAUCCGCCCUUUUUAUUAUAAUGUUGGGAUUAUAUGAUUUAUCAAUUGACAAAAAUUGUAAAUAUUGCGGCGGCACCAUCGGGGCUCCAGAGAGGCAUCGACUCCAUUGAUGCGAUGACCUUCAUCAGGGUCGCGCUCCCGGCCGUUCACGAGCCGGGAGCGCCCUCUAGCGGCGGAGAAGCGGCACUGCGACGUUACUUGAACUUCACAUGAUUUCCUCCGCCAGUAUUUAAUCCGACAGGGAGAUGGGAGGGCACUAUCUCUCCGCGUCGCGUGUGUCAUUUUACCUCAGACUAAAACAUAAAUAAAAAAUCCCUCCGCGUCCUACAGGACCGAAAGAGGAGCAGCAAUAAUUUGAGCUCUGACGCUCGUGGUGGAUCGAUGGCGCCGGUCUGAGCUCAGUUUACACUAUUUAUACCCCCGAGCAAUUAUUGACAACAGAAACAUCAUUAGCUGAUAACUUUUUACAAUGUCCGUUUUAUUCUGGGCUACAUUUGCUAAAUUUAAUUUAUAUUUUUUUAAGCGACAUUAAGUGUUCGUUUUAUUUCAACUAAGUGACCCGUCUCCCUCAAUUUAUAAUUGAAUAUCCUCCUGCUCCGUGCAGUCCGAUACCCCGCCCCCCUUUCUUAAAUUGACUGUGAUUGGCCGAGCGCAGGUCUCUUAAACCAUCGUGGACGACGUGCGACCCCGCCCCCUUUUCCCUAGCAGGAAACGAACAGACGAGGGUCUUAUAAGGACCCCUCCCUCCCCUACAUGAACGCUUUAUAACACAAAGCUCUAUUUUGUUAAUAUGUAAAUGUGUAUAUAUUUAUAAAUCUAUAUCGCGGAUCUGUUCUUUUGAGUAUGUCUGACUUUGGAAGAGAAGACAAGUCUUUCAGACCAUAAUGUUCCAACAACUCAAUAUGGCAAGUUAGUUUUUUUCCUUCAGAAUAAUCUGAGGGUUAUUUUUUGUUCUGUUUAUAAAACCAGCAGAAUCGCAGCAGCGCUAAAAGAACCAGCUUCUCAGCCGUCUAUGGGACCUCAAUAAUAAUAAUAAAUAAAAAACAUACUUUAAACCCUCUUAAUGUGUGUUGCUUGACAGUUGUAUGUUGGAAACUGAUAAUCAGGAACAGCUGGGCUUGUGACACAAUCACAGCUUUCUUUGUUGCAUUGAUGGUAAAAUGUUCAAUAAAAAAAUAAGACAAACAAAAAAAAGUUGGGAAAUGAUCUAUUUUUGUACAAAAGGUAAUUUUAUCUCGCUUGUGCUCUCCGUUCUCUCCCUUUACUUCUGCGGGCAUACGUUGUGGAAAAGCAGGACAUUUUCAGAUUGAACAUUUAAGGUUUUGGUCACCACGGUAACUGCAUCGUUUACUUUGCCAUUUCCAACCUGUCGCUACAAGACGGGGAGUGUCCUUAAUUAUGUCUUCUUUUUUUUUACGGAGUUGGAAUUUGUCUUUUGUUCUUUGUGGGUUGUUCUCUGAUGUUCUUAUCUUUCAUGGAUAGAAAAAAAUAAACUCAAAAGUGAUGUUGA